AUGGGCAAUAACCCUUCUAAAGCCGAUGUGCCGUCGGGCCACAUCCCCAAUGCCCCGACCGAUCGAAAGGUGGUCCGCCGCGCCUCUCAAAAUACAAUCCCGACGACCAAAGCUACUGCUGCAGACCCCUCAGCAACUCGUGAGACCGCCGCCGGUCACUCCGCAGCAUACCAGGGCUCUGUUCAGCAUCGGCUACAGGGUCGAACAUCCACUGGAUCGCCCAAACCGAUAACUCGGCCCGAAAAGCCCGUGGAGAGAAAGUUUGACACACCACAGGGAGGAGAUUUAGCGUCGCCAGAUCACUCAAACCCGGUGCAAGUGCCAGUUGCACGCCAUGCCGCGGGGCGAGAUCCGAUGGCGCCGUCAGCGCCGCCGCAUAACUCCUACUAUACCGCGUCGACCCAUCUGCAAAGGCCUCCACGCAUGCCAUUGCCCAUUGCCGAUGCUACUGCGACACCGGGGUCACCGAUAAUUGGACCGGAAGAUUCACAUAUCCAAUCCAUGCCUGCGGAUCGCCUUUUCGAUGAACAGAUGGAGGCAUCCCAUCAUAGCAAUGCUACACUAGAUGGUGACGAGAUGGUGGAUGAGCUCCAGCCAUUUGGAGUCGGCAAAGCCGUCCCCACUACGAUUGAGUGGAAUGGUCCCGGCGAGAAGAUCUAUGUUACUGGAACCUUUGUCAAUUGGGAGAAGAAGUUCAAGUUACACAGAAGCGAGACUGAUCCUGGGGUCAUGACCGCAACAUUAAAUUUACGACCUGGAACACAUCACCUGAAGUUUCUUAUCGAUGGUGAAAUGCGAGCGUCCGAUAAUUUACCAACAGCCGUCGAUUUCACUAAUCAUUUGGUGAAUUAUAUCGAAAUUAGUGCGGAUGAUGCUCGCGACAAGUCCGAUGUUUCAGCGGGAGCCGGCCCCCCGCAAGCUCCCCAGGAUAAUGCUAAAGACCGACCAUCGGAGGAGACGGAAGAUGAACUACCAAAGAAAGAAGAAGCCGCUGAAGAAGUACCUCCGGGGGAUUUUGGCAGCGCUAUUCCCCAAUUCCUUGCCGACUUGGACAAAGAAGAAGAUAGUCCCGCAUACCUGCAGGCUGCUAAUGUUAUUGGUGACACCCCACAACCGCCUAGUCUCCCACUGUUCUUGGGCAAAUCUAUUCUCAACAGCACGACUCCCACCAAGGAUGAUAGCAGCGUUUUGAACUAUCCCAACCAUACCGUCCUGAACCAUCUUGCGACAAGUAGUAUCAAGAAUGGCGUGCUUGCAACAAGUGUAACAACCAGAUACAAACGAAAGUAUGUCACGAGUAUUUUGUAUAAACCUACCGGUGACAUCACUGGAGAGUGA